AUGGCAAAACUGAUGCAGCACCUGAAACGCACUCAUCUGCAGCCACGGCGUUGUCCUCGAUGCCAGUUGGAGACGAAGACACAGAGAGAUCUCGCUGCACAUCUUCGCAACGCCGCCCGCUGUGAACUACGCCCGGCACCGAAAGACGAUCGCCUUACCCAGGAGCGAUGGGAAGAGAUCACCACAAAGAGACCCUCUGAUUACCAUUUGAAGACCGUCGAAGAAAAGUGGACUCUCUUAUAUCGGGCACUAUUCCCUGAUGAUGAGCGCGCACCCUCCCCUUAUGACAAGCCAGUGAUGUUUCACCGGCUGGAGCCCUUUCUCAUCGAGGCAUUCAAAGACGAAUUGUCCAAGAGACUAGAUUGUCCGCUCAAAGUCGCCAUAGCAGAGAUUGAAGAUAUGGUUCCAGCAAUCAUUCAACAAUGCAAAUCUAGGAUGUGUGGCUCUACGGAAACCUCACCGAACGGUCCACUCCUGCAGUCCAGCCUAACUCAGCGCGCAAGGCCUUUCCAGUCCGUGGCCCGGGCUAAUCCGCACACAAGCGCCUCCCACCCGGAUAAUGAUACCUUAUUGUCGACAUCUGCGAGCUUUUCUUUACAAGCUGCGGCAAGCUCAGUGUCCACUCUCUCUGCUUAUGGCACGGGGAACAGCGGCCAACUUUCCAACGAGGCGGGAGAUUCAGAGAGCAACCGUUAUACCAAAUCGGCCGUCACAGAGCCCCACGAGAUCGAUGAGGUUGACCGAAUCACCGGAAAUGAGCAAAAUGAACAAUGGUAUUCUUCGAAGUCAUUCGAAACCCAUGCUUCCAGCUCGCAAUCGCUUCGUGAGAAGGGGAAAGAAAAGCAGCAAGCACUCCUCGAGAAUCUAUUCUCUUCAAGAAGUCGAGCAGAUACGGUCACACUAUCCGAUGUCAACGACCCCGACAACAAAACCUCGAGUAUAUGUCACCCAGUAUGUCACAGUCAGCGAGCAGGCAAUCAGGAAUCAUAUCACCAUCAUCCGCAGGAAGAAGCGACGGUACCAAUCCGUACGAGCUCUUGGAACGAUCCCAUGAUCAGUGCUACACCAUGGACCUUGAACCCGACCUCCACGUCUCCGAAACUACCUGACAAUACGCUUUUUUGGUCUAAUGUUGCAGAGAAGGAGCUAUUCGCCGAUUUUGACGCCCAGGAGUGGUUCCACAAUAUCUAUACCUCAUGA